CUCCUCACUGGCACAGAGUCUACACCAGCAAGCAGAGCGCACAAAAAUAAUCCCCUCCUUUCUUUUAUUCUGAUGACACUGUGCAAACCCUGAAGAGGAAGAAAAAUUAGAAAGAAAGAACCAUUUGUUAUUUUGGAGACAGUUCUACGCAUAUACAAUCACUGGUUAAAAAUGGAGCCGGGUUUGAGUGGUGAAGAACCUCCUUCGUGGGAUGAACUGUACAAUAUCAAUUUAAUGCCGUCGGAGUUGUUCCUCAAGUUCCGGAAAGAAAUUGAGGGGUUCCGUGUUGGGGUCAAUUUGGAGUUUUAUAAUGCUCCAACAAACGAGUACCAGGCAAAGCUAGUGUUGAAACCUCUAGCCCAUGAUAGGAGAUGGAAGUUCAUAUAUGAACCAAUACACAAUGAUGUGCGGCUUCUUUCUAAGAAAAUCCCAAUAACCAAAUUUUUAAAUCUCCAGGUUGGUAUUGGACAUAGUUUUCAGAUGAAAACAACUGGUUGGAAAUGGAAGCUUACUACUUGUUUGGGUGGAGAUGGUCUAUCUCGGAUUCGGAAUAAGACAUCACUUGGUUUGUGCCCUGGUGUGGAUUUCCGGUUUGCCUGGAAAGCUGACUAUGUUCUUCCAGAAUUUACUGGAGCCGUGGGCACUGGUGAAAAGUUGUUCAACAUGGAGUCAGGACGUUUACAAGCAUCACUUGACAGAAUUGAGACCAUUUUAACACAUACAUCAUAAAUGAUACCUGUCAAAGGACCAGGUAUCUCUCUCUCUCUCUCUCUCUCUCUCUCUCCCCGAGUGUGGUCCCAAGGGAAUUUGAACUCCCAUGGACCAGUUAUGACUUUUUUGGAAAGAUUCCCACGAAGAAUGUUAAAAGAAUCGUUGCAGCUUUCAUAUUCAAUCAGUAUAAUUUGGAGCAUUUGGAACCACAAAAAGUUGUUGUAGUUUUCCAUUAUCGUCAUUGUAACAUUUUCCCAAUUUUUUUGUUUGUUUUGUUAGUUAUGCUGAUUUGUGUUUUUUUCCUGCCGUUUAGAAUAUGGGCAUUGUAAGAUUGACGAAUGACCUUAUUUCUAUUGAUAUGAACAUUUUGUGGAUGAGUCCUUUGACAUGA